AUGUCGCUCGAACCGCGCGCCGCGUACACGUCCGACGAGCUCGCGCGUUUGUACCCGCCGCCGCUCGAGCUCCAGCAAGUGCAGAUCCUCAUGCGGCACGGCGAGCGGACGCCCGUCAGCAACCGCUUCGCCGAGAGCACGGGGCUGCCCGAGUUCUGGCCCUACUGCAGCCAGGCGGCGCAGAUGACGUCGCUCGUCCUCGACCCGGCCUCGUCCACCUGGACGGCGCUCGCCUGGCGCCGCCACCUCGAGACCUUUUCCUCCCCCACGAACCAGACGCCCGUCACCGCCGCUGCCGCCAACAACAACUCCUCGUCCAACAUGUGCGAGCUCGGCCAGCUCACCGACAAGGGCCGCGCCACCACCACGGCCCUCGGCGCCCGUCUCCGCCGGCUGUACGUCGACCAGCUCGGCUUCCUGCCCGCGACGCUCGCCUCCGCCGACGGGCUGUACCUCCGCGCCACGCCCAUGCCGCGCGCGCUCGAGUCGAUGCAGCAGGCGCUGCACGGGCUGUACCCGCCGGCCACGGCGCGCGCUCCGGACCUCGCGCCGCUCACCGUCCACACGCGCCACUGGGCCGACGACACGCUGCUGCCCAACACGGCCAACUGCACGCGCUUCCGCCGCAUGAUGCGCGCCUUUGGCCGCCGCGCCGCCGACCGCUGGGACGCGAGCCCCGAGAUGGACCGCAUCAACGCCAAGCUGCAACGGUACAUGCCUCCCGCCGCCGACUCUGCCGACCCCGGUGCCAAGACGAGAAUCGGCGUCGCGUCCCACCCGGCCCUCGUCGGCAUCAUGGACACCGUCGCCGCCACGGCCGCGCAUGACGGCGCCGCCACCAAGCUCCCCCGGGAGUUCUACGACGCCCAGAUCCGCGCCGACAGCGUCCGCAUCGUCGUCGACGAGUGGUUCGCCGGCUUCCGCGAGAGCAGCGAGUACCGCACCCUCGGCAUCGGCGGCCUCCUCGCCGACAUGACGGAGCGCAUGGUCGGCAGCGCCGAGGGCGUGGCCCCGCACUCCAGCAGCAGCAGCAGCACCAAGACGCCGCUCCGGUUUGGCCUCUCCGGCUGCCACGACACCACCCUCGCCGCCACCGUCAUCAGCCUCGGCGGCGACGGACCCGACGGCAUGUCCUGGCCGCCGUUUACCAGCCACGUUGCUGUCGAGCUGCUCCGCGACACGCGCGUCGUCGCCUCGCCACCACUACCAUCAUCGUCGUCGUCGUCGUCGUGGGUCCCGCGCAUGCUGCGUGGCGCGCAGACCAUUGGCCGUCGCCCGACGUACGAGCUCACGAGCGCCGAGCGCGAGCGUCUUCGGGGGUACUAUGUACGUGUGCGGUACAAUGACGAGCCUGUGCGGAUUCCCGGCUGCCGCCCGGCGGGCAAGCACUACGAGGACGAUGAGACGCUGUGCACUCUGACGGCGUUUAAAUCCAUCGUGGACCGCAUCACGCCGACGGACUGGAAGGCCCAGUGCGGCGCCAACAUGGACAAGCCAACCAUGCCCAGCAAACCGGAGCCCGCUGGCUACUAA